AUGCCAACCAGCAGCGGAAUGGAUUCGGCCAUCACCGUCCUCCAGAAGCACAAUCUGGAGGAGUUCCUCAAAGUCAUACGGAACUUUAAGAAGGAUGCUAAGACUCGACAUAGCGAGCUUUACUUCCAAACGAAAUUGGAAGUACUCAAUCGAAAAUGGAAGUCAUGCGAAGACAACCAUUUCUCAGCCAAACAGAACUUGGCUCAAACUAAGGAGCUUCUGCAGAAGUAUCUGACGGAAUACGACGAAGCCGAGGCCGAAUAUGAAGUGUACAGCAUCGAAUUUGCGGAAAGGCUAUCAGAGUUCAGGAAGCGAGUGGGACACACCAACGACUCAGCCGAUGGAACCUUACAUUCAGUAGAACCAGAUGCGGUCAGACUGGAGCGGAUUAAGGUUCCAACGUUCGAUGGAACUUGUUCAGCUUGGAUUUCGUUCAGAGACCUCUUCAAAUCUCUUGUCCACGACAACGGGAGAGUGUCUGGGGUGCAGAAGCUACAGUAUCUUCGGGCAUCAGUAAAGGGAGAAGCGUCUCAGCAAAUUAGGCACUUUAAUAUGUCGGAUGCCAACUAUUUCGCAACUUGGAAUCUCUUGGCGAAGAGAUACGACAACAAGCGCAUUAUUGCACAGUCACUUUUGGCCCAGUUUUGGAACAUGAAAACUGUGGUAAACGCCGAAGGCAUCAAAAGAAUGAUUGAUACGACCAACGAGCUGAUCACGAAUUUCCAAGACUUGGAGGUUGACCCAUUCGACGCAGUCAUGAUAUUCAUUCUGCAGAACAAGCUUGAUCCAGAAUCCAGAGCAGAAUGGCAACGGAAAAUUGGCGCGACAGCGGACGUACCUAAGUUAGAGGCAUUCCUAGAAUUCCUAGAAACCCAGUGCCACAUCAUUGAAGAAGUUAACAGGUGCUCCUCCUCUAAGAAGUCCAAGAAAGUGGGGAUCCAUACUGUUACCCAUAACGAAUACGAAAAGUGCACAUUGUGUAAAUCAGACCACAGUCUAUACAAGUGCCCGACGUUCCAAGGCUACACUAUAGACAAGCGAAGAGAAGUUGUUAAAGCAAGCAACUUAUGCUUCAACUGCAUGCGUGCGCAUCGAGUGUACGAAUGCACAUCAAAGGCAGCGUGUAAAACUUGCGGAAAGAAACACCAUUCUAUGCUGCAUCCUACGACUACGGACAAGUCUGAAACCCCGAAAAAGUCAAACCUGAAGCAUUCUGACCAGUCUCGGAGCAAUCUCGUGAAUCAGGAAAACAUGUGGACGGUGCUAUUGGCAACCGCAAUAAUUGAGCUGCGCAAUGUCAACGGCGACUUCAUCAAACUGCGCGCGCUAAUAGACCAAGGCUCCCAGAAUUCUUUCAUUACGGAAUACGCUGCAAAUUUAUUGGGGUUGAAACGAGAGCGUGCCUCAGUGAUCAUAUCCGGAAUUGGAAGUGCAACCAGGAAAUGUAGAGGACAAGUACCAAUAACCAUGAAGGAAAAAUGGUCAAAUGGUGAAAUAGGUACCAUUGCAUUAAUCAUUGAUACUAUCACGAAACCUCUUCCUUCUGCGACGAUAAGCAAUGAUGGUCACAUUGGGUUGACCCCCGCAGACCUAGCUGAUCCAGAUUACAGAACUAAGGGCAGAAUCGAUGUUCUCCUUGGAGCAGACAUAUACGGGGAUAUUCUAUUGGACGGAAUUAUUCACGGAACCCCAACAGCCCAAAAAACGAAGAUCGGAUGGAUUCUCUCUGGUCCGAUAACAGCCUCACCAGGAGACAAUAUUAGUAUCAGUUUUGUAAAUACCAACGAUUUGGACAAAAGACUUGAAAAAUUCUGGAUUCAGGAAGAGGUAGUUCCCAGAGAAAUGCUUAGUAAAGAAGAAGAAGAAUGUGAAGCGCACUAUCAAGCGACCACCAAACGAUUGGAAGAUGGACGAUUCGAAGUGCAGCUCCCACUCAAAGCUGACCCAAGGGCAAACUUGGCACCAUCGAGUAAGGCUGCGAUUCUGAUGUACGAAGCGCACGAGAAGAGGAUGCUCAAAAACCCAAAAUUGCUUCGAGAGUACAACGAAUGCUUGCAAGAUUAUCUAGAUUGCGGGCACAUGGAGGAAAUACCAAAGGAUGAAAUGGGUUUACCGUCAUAUUAUCUACCACAUCAUGCAGUCAUAAAGGAAUCCAGCACAACGACUAAAGUGCGAGUGGUCUUCAAUGCAUCAGCAAAAACUGCAUCUGGGAAAUCCUUGAAUGACUUGUUGAUGAUAGGACCAACCAUACAAGAUUCGAUAAUCGCACUUCUUUUACGAUGGCGUUUGUAUCCCGUCGUGCUAACAGCAGAUGUGGCAAAAAUGUACCGACAAAUACGAGUCCGAAGCAAGGAUGCAGAUCUCCAACGGAUCGUGUGGCGCCCAAACGAAGCAGAUGUAAUUCGUCAUUACCGGUUAAAGACAGUUACAUUCGAAACCGCAAGCGCCCCGUUCCAGGCCACCAGAACACUGCACCACUUGGCCAUGAACGAGCAAGAUCGAUUUCCGAAUGCAGCAGCAUACCUGCAAAGGGAUUUUUAUGUUGACGACCUAAUGACCGGAACAGACACUAUCGAGGAGGCGAUAAGCCUCUACACGGAAUUAACCCAUCUGCUUAGAAUGGGUGGGUUUGAUCUGCGCAAAUGGAACUCGAACCUAGACGAAGUGUUGGAAGCCAUACCAGAGCAUCACCGGGGAUCAGCACACCCACUUAAUUUCAACAAGGAAGAUCGCGUUAAGGCGUUGGGAUUGCAAUGGCAUCCUCAACGAGACAUGUUUAUGUUCAACAUUCAUGUAAAGACCCUAUCUACAGGUAGGCCAACUAAAAGGACAGUGGCAUCAACGAUUGCAUCUUUAUUUGAUCCACUCAGAUGGUUGCAGCCCAUUAUGAUCAAAGGAAAGGUCUUCAUGCAAAAAUUAUGGCUUCAGAAACUGGAAUGGGAUGACAAGCUACCGCCAGAAUUAGCGCAAGAAUGGCAGACAUAUCAAGCGGAAAUUACAAAUCUCCGAGUUAUUGAAGUCCCAAGAUGGAUUGGGACUACCUCCAAGGACCGAAUCGAAUUACACGGAUUUUGUGACGCAUCGAGAACGGCUAUCGCUGCUGUGAUCUACAUUCGGAUCCUUAAGCACUCGGAGGAGCCCAAGGCUAGACUACUAACGGCUAAAACGAAGGUAACACCGCUUGCUGUACAAACCAUACCACGACUUGAGCUCAAUAGCGCAGUAUUGCUGGUCAAACUGAUGAAUCAAGUUAAGGCCUCAGUUGUCAGUUGGAUUGAUACUACCACCCACUACUGGAUAGACUCGACGAUUGUACUCUCUUGGUUAGCCGACCAUCCAGCUCGAUGGAAAACUUAUGUCGCAAAUCGAGUGAGUGAAAUUCAUGCAAGUAGCACACCGGAACAGUGGCAUCAUGUGGGGACGCACGAAAACCCUGCUGAUUACGCUACACGGGGAUUGACCCCAGCACAGCUAAACGAAUUUGGGUUAUGGUGGAAUGGCCCAAAGAUUCUCACAUCCGAUACUGUUAGCUUCCCAACAAUGGAGUGCAUUGAACCCAUGGAGCUUGAGAAAAGAAACACCUUGCACACGUUACGAGCAGAAGAACAGGAUCUAGUGAUCGAUAAAUUCUCCAACUAUACGAGGCUAAUCCGUGUAGUUGCAUACUGCAGACGACUGUUGCCGAGUAGUAAUGGUUACCGAUCCUGUGGAUAUCUCACCGCGGAAGAACUGCGAACAGCCAGAACUGCGUGCAUUAAGAUAGCGCAAACUCGUUCGUUUUUAUCCGAGAUCCAAAGAUUAAAGAAAGGGCAGUCGAUCGAUAGUAAAUCAAGAAUCAUCCAAUUACGUCCAUUUAUUGAUUCCUGCGGUAUCCUCAGUGUGGGCGGAAGGCUACAGAAUGCCAACAACGUCAACAAACAUCCCAUUAUAUUGGAUGGUAAAUGCAAUUUCACUGAGAUCAUUGUGCGGCAUGCUCAUCAUAAAACUUUACACGGAACCUCACAACUAAUGUUAUCGACUCUACGGCAAGAAUAUUGGAUUUUAAACGCUCAGAAAAUGGUAAAACGAUGCAUCCAUAAAUGCAUCACCUGUUACAAAAGUAACGCGCAACCACAAGCUCAAUUGAUGGGAAGCUUACCAUCCUCCAGAGUGGUACUAAAUCGACCAUUUUGGGAAACCGGGUUGGAUUUUGCAGGACCAUUAAGGAUUAAAUGGUCAAACGGUCGAGGAGCAAAGACUGCCAAGUCGUACAUCGCGGCAUUCAUCUGCCUUGCGACGAAAGCUAUGCAUCUGGAGUUAGUCAGCGAUCUCACGUCAGCAGCAUGCAUAGCAGCGGUAAAACGAUUCGUAUCCAGAAGAGGAAAAUGUAAAGCCAUCUACAGCGAUUGUGGAACAAAUUUCAUAGCAGCUGGAAAAGAAAUAAGGACCAUGUUUCAAACUAUGACGCAAGAAACGCAAGCGUGGAUGGCGGAUGACCGCAUCGAGUCGCAUCACAUUCCACCAAGUAGUCCCCAUUUCGGUGGAUUAUGGGAGGCCGGAGUCAAAUCGGUGAAACGACACCUCUUGAAAACCUUCGGAGAAUCCCUUCUAAACAUCGAAAAGAUGUACACCGCCCUUGCUCAAGUAGAAGCAUGCUUAAACAGCAGGCCUUUAGCACCAUUAAGUAGUGAUGCGAUCAACGAAGAUGCGCUCACUCCUGCACACUUCCUAAUCGGAAGUUCUAUGUUUGCACUACCAGAUAAAACACCGGACAAAGUCAAGGAACUACGACGAUUACAGGAACGUCCAAAAUGGUUAAAGCCAAUCGCCAAUUUACAACCGGGCAUGCUGGUAUUGGUGAAAAGUGAAAAAACUCCUCCCACAAAGUGGCCGUUGGCACGAAUAAUCGACGUACAGCCAGGACAAGAUGGAUUGGUCCGGGUAGCAACGAUUAAAAUGAAUGGACACAUCACAAAACGACCAGUAGUGAAACUGUGUCCUUUGCCAAUAAACGACGAAUACCCACGAGAAGCCAUUAAACCUGUACAAGAGGCAGAUAAUAACGAGCACCACGAACCACCUCCUUCGAAGCGAAGACGUGGAAUAACCAACCACUCUAUUACGCCCUCAUGGACAUUAAUGUUAGCGACUAUAAUAUCACUCUGCGUAUCACACGUAACGGCUAUCGUGAGCGUGAAAAAGUCGAGUGGAGGUUUCUACCUAGAAGAGUUAGGAAAUGCGGUCAUAAAUAGGGGAACAUUCCAAUUUAACAUCCAUGUACCUUGGAGUGAAAUUCACACAGACAACAUAAGAAUUCAUGACGCUUUGAAUUUUUUGAAUGAAGCACUGGCUAAAUACGAUUGCUUGUGGCGAAUUGUAUCAAACCAAGCGUCCAUUUGGGAAUGUUCGCACAUAACUGAAGUAGUUACAACAUUGAACCACACUAUGAGGCUGCUACCACCAUCGCUACAGAUUCAUCAUCAACCCAACGCAGCAACCCAGACCAGUUACGAUCAGCAAAAAAUCACGAUACAAGGAUAUUUGCCAAUAUUUGACGUACAUCACUAUGAUCUUAUACAAGCAUCUGCAAUUCCACAACGACUCAACAACAAUCUGUUUGUUAUACCUGAAAUCCCGGCGGCGUGGUCCUCCCGAUCGAGGCCCAAUUCGCCCUGGCCCUCGUUACAGUUUUUGCCGUUCGCUUCAAUCACGCAUUGGUCAGGCUGGCCGAGUUGUCAGUUGAGUUUAUGCCCGAUGUCCUCGAGAACUGCUCUUAUAAGCGACUAA